AGCGAGCCCGGCUCGGCGCACUCCCGUGCGACCCGGGCGCGUGUCGGCCGGAUGUCCCGGCGCACCCGCCUCUCCCCGCCACAAUGCGCGCCAUGGCGCUCCCCGGGGCCCGGGCCCGCGGCUGCAGAGCCGCGGCCAAAAUGGCCCAGAGGCGCCGCUACGCAGAGUACGCGAGAGGAUCCCAGAGUCGUGGGCCGCCGGUCUCGCGCGCUGCGCUUUACGUGCACUGGCCGUACUGUGAGAAGCGCUGCAGUUACUGCAAUUUCAACAAAUACAUCCCCCGCGGCGUGGAGGAGGCAGCCAUGCGGAGCUGUCUGGUGACCGAGGCUCGGACACUGCUGCGACUCAGCGGGGUGCAGAGGGUGGAAUCUGUGUUCUUUGGUGGGGGAACCCCCAGUCUGGCCAGUCCCAGCACCGUGGCCGCUGUCCUGGAGGCCGUGGACCAGGCAGCUCACCUGCCUGCAGACUCCGAAGUCACACUGGAGGCCAACCCCACUUCCGCCCCAGGCUCCAGGCUGGCUGCUUUUGGGGCAGCAGGGGUCAACAGGUUGUCCAUUGGGCUUCAGUCCCUGGAUGACACCGAGCUCCAGCUGCUGGGGCGGACACACUCGGCCCGCGAUGCUCUGCAGACACUGGCAGAGGCGCGGCGCCUCUUCCCCGGCCGUGUGUCUGUGGACCUGAUGCUGGGGCUGCCCGCCCAGAAAGUGGGGCCGUGGCUUGGGCAGUUGCGGACGCUGCUGGGCUGCUGUGACGACCACAUCUCCCUCUACCAGCUGAGCCUGGAGCGGGGCACCGCACUCUUCACCCACGUGCAGCGGGGCACCCUUCCUGCCCCUGACCCCGAGCUCGCUGCUGCAAUGUACCAGGAGGGACGGGCCAUGCUCCGGGAGGCCGGCUUCCGCCAGUAUGAGGUCUCCAACUUCGCCCGGAAUGGGGCGCUCAGUACUCACAAUUGGACUUACUGGCAGUGUGGUCAGUACCUUGGCAUUGGGCCCGGGGCCCAUGGGCGAUUUGCGCCCCAUGGGGCCAGGAGCCACACCCGGGAGGCUCGGAUCCAGACCCUGGAGCCGGAUAACUGGAUGAAAGAGGUGAUGCGGUUUGGACAUGGCACCCGAAGGCGCGUCCCCCUGGGCCGGCUGGAGCUGCUAGAGGAAGUUUUGGCCAUGGGGCUACGUACGGACGUGGGGAUCACUCACCAGCACUGGGGGCAGUUUGAGCCCGAGCUGAGCCUCUGGGACGUGUUUGGAGUAAGCCAGGAGGUGAAGGUGCUGCUGGUGCAGGGCCUGUUGCUGCUGGAUCACAGGGGUCUUCGGUGUUCCUGGGAGGGUCUGGCUGUGCUAGACUGUCUGUUGCUGACCCUUCUGCCUCUACUCCAAGAAGCCUGGGCACAGAGGACUCCCUCCCCUGUGCAAGGAGGAUGACCAGACAUUCCUGUGUCACAGGACCACGCCAGGCUUGAAGCUGCUGUGUCUGCCCGGCACCACGUAGCUGAACUUGAGGUGUCUGUUUUCCCUCCCGAAGAGGCACCAACAGCGAGGCCGUCCCCUUCCUGGGACAGGACUACAUGCUGCAAAGAAAAGGACUUGAAAUAAUAGGAUUGCUAUGAAGUCUGUGUUUUUGGCUCCUGGCCCCCAGGAAUUCAUACCUGGAAACAGAGUCCCCAAGGGGACAGUAUUAGGAGGUGGGACCUUUGGGCGGUGACUAGGUCAUGAGGGUGGAGCCUUAGUUUUUCUAAAAGAGGCCCCAGAGGACUCCCCAACUCGCUCCACCACCUGAGAAGAUGUGGACGUCUGCAAACCAGGACGUGGACCCUCCGAGGACCGGAAAUCUGCCUGCACCUUGAUCUUGGACUUCCCCCGCCUCCAGAACUGAGAAGUAAAUAGUUAUUGUUGAACACA